CGAAUACAUGCCUUACAGGUAAAUCCAGCAAUGUGGGUUUGGAAAGGAUUCAUCAUUGCUGCUCUAUUGGCAGUAGUUUCGACAAAAUCCAAAAGUGACGACACGAUCCAAAAUCAUCUUGCAAUGAACUACCACCCACAAGAGUUCAUAGCACCUAUAUGCAUUACAGAUAAGGAUGGAAAAUUAUUUUGUUUGGACGAAGCAAAAUGCAGUUCCUGCGCAACUAUUAAGGAUGAACGCAAGAAGGAAAUAUGCUUAUACUACUGUGAGAGGAAAGCAUUGAAUCCAAGGAAUAAGAAUCAAGGAGUGUGAAAUAGUGGCUGUCCUUUCGACUCGAUUCACUUAUAAAACAUGCGUUUUCGAA